AUGACUGACGUUCUACUCAAUUUCGUUGCUGGCGGUGUAGGUGGAUCAUGCACCGUAAUCGUUGGUCAUCCAUUCGACACUGUGAAGGUACGACUCCAAACUAUGCCAGCACCAAAACCUGGGCAGCCGCCAAUCUAUCUUGGUGCGUUGGACUGUGUGAAGAAAACAGUGGCGAAGGAGGGCUUUUUUGCAUUAUACAAGGGUAUGGCUGCUCCUCUAGCAGGUGUAAGCCCAUUGUUCGCUGUAUUCUUUGCUGGAUGUGCAGUUGGUAAACAUCUGCAGACAACACAUCCUGACCAAGAGAUGACAUUUAUUCAGAACAUGAACAGUGGGGCAUUGGCUGGUGUAUUUACGACUAUCGUGAUGACACCCGGAGAACGCAUCAAAUGCUUACUACAGGUGCAAUCAAGCGGACAUCACACUGGUGUACACUACAAUGGCCCAAUGGAUGUUGUGAAGAAGCUGUACAAACAAGGAGGUCUUGCUAGUCUGUACAGAGGAACUGCUGCCACUUUACUUCGAGAUAUACCAGCCAGUGCGGCUUAUCUAUCUGUCUACGAAUUCCUCAAAAAGAAAUUCUCUGGAGAAGGCAGGCAGCGCACGUUGUCUCCCGCUGCCACACUUAUGGCUGGUGGUCUCGCGGGAAUUGCUAAUUGGGCUGUUUGCAUACCGGCUGAUGUGCUGAAGUCUCGCCUACAAACAGCGCCUGAAGGCAAGUACCCCGAUGGCAUACGAGGGGUCUUCAGAGAAGUUAUGAGAGAAGAAGGACCCCGCGCACUGUUCAAGGGCUUCGUACCUGUAAUGCUGCGUGCGUUCCCAGCUAAUGCAGCUUGCUUCUUCGGUUUGGAGUUGACUCUAUCGCUGUUCCGAUACCUUGGAGUUGGUCAUCAAAAAGUUGAGCUCGUCGAGCACGCUUUAGAAAAGGUGCAGAGUCCAGCAACACCGAUUCAUACAGUUUCAUCAUAAUUCGACACCACUAUCUCUUCUUAUCUUUACUUCCUCAGCUUUCUUCUUGCCUAGAUUACCUCUUUUUUUGCGCAAGAAUUCUUUAUCUCGCCUCUCUCAUCUCAAGAGUUUUACCUUACCCGCGGAUGAACACCUUACUGCCUCUACUUAACUGACCAUUUCAUCUGUUGAGUGUCUUAUACUCCUCUCUGAUCACUUUUGUACAUACUCUGCUCAUUCAAGAAAGACUAUAGCCAUAGGUAACUCAUAUCUGAUUGUAAUUAUUUAUUAAUUUGUUGCGGUUUGUAUGAUACGUAUAAGCCUUCGUAUUCAAGGUUUCACCUUGUCUAAUAAAAUUUAAUCAUGU